ACGACACCACACGAUACAACACGAUACAAUACGAGCAGCCAAAAGGACCAACUUUUGACGCCUACAAACACCCUACACCCCACACGCCCCCCGCCCCCUCUCCCUAUCCCCCACAACCUCAACAAACCCCCUCCCCUCCAACCACCGCAUCUUCCGCCUCGCCCUCCACCCCGCCAACCCCCCAAACCCCACGCCCCACCACCCCCGCUCCUUCCCCCCCGCAAACGCCGCCGGCCACGGAUCCCUCAACGUAUACGGCGGCGGCGGAUCCCUCUCAUCCUCCUCCCCGUCCGCAGCUUCCUCGCUCUCGCGCCCCUCGGCGCGCGCCGCCGGCGUGAAUUCAAGCGUCCACUCGUGGUCGAAGGCGUGCGUGUCCAGGGCCCCUGGGUCCGUGGCGCGGCGCGAGGGCGCGACGGGGGGGUUGUAUGGCGGCGAGAGCGCGGGCAGGAUGAUGGCGUGGCGGCGGGUGUCGGUUGGGCGGUAGGGGAGCGGGAGCGAGGACGCCGUGCCGCGGCGCGUGGGGGCUUGUGGUGCAGGGGGACUGCGGUGCGGCGGCGCGGUACGGUGCUGUGGUGUGCACUGCGUGGGCUCGGUGCACCGCAUGGGCUCGCGGUCGGGCGUGCGGCAGCUGUUCAGCGGCCUGUGGACGGUGCUGUGCACGCGCCGUUCGCUUCUGCGGGGCUCGUGUGUGGUGUUCAGGCGGCAGAAGUGGAUUGUCGAUGGGAACAAGGGGCAGGGCGAGGGCGAGAGCGGGGGCGCAGACAGCAUGGUAACGGUGUGGGCGUGGACGCUCAUGGUGCAGGACAUUCAGUAACGAGGGGAUGGAGUGAAUGGCAGCAAGGAGACGGACGACGGACAGCUCGCAUUUCAAAGAGCAGCACCCGUCCAUUGCCCGCCGCGUGAAUAGCGAACUAUGGUGCCAUCUCGACCCGGUCCCCGUGCCGUGGUCGCGGAGGCGCGAGAGCGGUCCAGUCUUGUCAUUAUCUUGUUAGUCGAGGGGCAACAGCGCCGCAGAAGCGUGUGCCGGGUGCGUGCCAAUACCACCGUAUCUUGCGCUCUCACUGCUUGGUUCCGUUGUCUGAGGUUGCAUUGGGGUCUUGUUGGCCGGCGCAUGGCCGCUUGC